AUGGUUGUUCCCAAACUGGAUACCACUUCCACUUCCAUUUUUAGCCUUUCGAUCAGCGCGCUUCUUGUCCGCCUGCAUCAUGGCAUCAAUUUUGCUCUGGUCGGUGCUAUGAUCAAAGUGGUACAAAGGCUUCAAGACUGCAUUCUUACGUUGCAAAACCCAGUGGCUGAACCACUGUGGAAGCGCCUUGAUAUUGUCGAGUUCUUCGAGAGUGCGCUGCUUUGUGUCUGGCACCCAGAGGAAGAUCAUGAUCAACUCGAUGAUAUUGGUUCCAGUGGCGCCCAUGGCAUCGAGCAUGAGCGGAAGGAACAUCGUCAAGACACUGGCUUAGAAAAGUCACGUAGCGACAGCCCAACCCACUUCUACCUCACGAUGGGAAAGAGGAAAGACCUCAGCGUAGUACGUAAACGGGACAGGUCCCUCUCCAGGAGAGUAGAACAUGGUAAAGAUGUAGAUGAACAUCGCCACCAGCGCCAAAUUUUGGCGCACGCUCCAAUACAAGAAGAAGACCUCCUGAAAUAA